UGGGUACCCAAUCUAUCGUCGAUCUCAACUAGAAUGCGGUCAGCGUCUCAGUGCCAAGUUUAACGGCCAGUUAGUGUUUAACUGUGCCCUGGACCGCCGGCGUAACGUUCAGAUGGAGGUAGAAGUACGGCUCACGAGGACAGGAGAGGAGCCCUGGGGCUUCAGGCUCAUCGGGGGCGCCGACUUCAACAUGCCGCUCACCGUUGUCAAGGUGCUCCCCGACUCACCAGCAGACUUAGCUGGCAUCCGCAAUGGAGACACAGUAGCAAGCAUACAAGGGGAAAAAGCGGCCACGAUGACACACGACGGGGCAAAAGCGGCUGUGGCAACGGCAGCAGACGGCCUUAGUCUAGGAGUGAUGCGCGGUCUAUACGACCUGACCCUCGACGACUACGACCCGAUCGACGACCCGUUAGACCAGGACGAUUUCGACCAGCCCUCGCUUCCGACUGAGGUAUUCCAAAUACAACAGUUCGGGGACAGCCCCCUCGAUUCCAAAGACUCUAGCCGGUCAAGAACCGGAUCUCGCGGCAACCUCGACCGGAGGUCCCUUAGCGAAGCUCGCAAUGACUAUGAACAGAGGUCCUUAACCGAAUCCCCUUACUUCCUUAACACUAAACAUUAUAGACCCUUCUCCACUGAACCUUCUCCAAUCCCCCCUUUAGAAAAACCUAUCAUCCUUAACCCUAAUUACCAUGAUGAAUUUGGAAAAUUUGAUGAUGGCCUUGAACCCCCUCGUGAUUUACCUAAUGUUGAUGAAUUCGCUGGAAUCCUUAGUGAAAAAAGUAGAUACAAACUCCCAAUUUCAAAACAGUAUGAUCCUGAUGGAACUAAGCUUAAGAAAACGAAAGAAAUUACGACAGUCACUAAGACCGUGGAAGAGACGAUAGUAACGGAAGAGAUAGUGACUAAGGAAGUGAAAGUUACUUCGGUAGAAGAAAGAUUGGUAGAGCAAAAAGAAGAUGCCAAGUUUAUGGAAAAAAUGAAAAAGGAUAUUGAUUUGGAAACGAUUGAAAUGACCGCUACAAGCAUUGUUGAUGAGAGUAUUGAAAAAGCAGUCAUUGUAGCUGAUGAAAUUAAAAAAGAAAUUGAUCUUGAACUGAGCGCUGUAACUUCAGAAUGUAAAACUAAUUCAUCUGACAUGGAAACUGUAGUCUCAACAUCUGUCAGAAAAGAAUCUAGCAAAGAGGUUUGUGAAAUGAGUGAAAGUAUUAAGAAAACAAAUGAUGUUGUUGUAAAAAAGAGUGACGUUAGUGUUGCUAAAGAGGUUGCAAAAUUUGAAAAAGAUGAUAAAGAAACUAUCGUUGACGAACGUCAAGAAUUUAGAAGGCAAGAAUUAGAAGAAACAAUUGAAAGUGGUAGUGUAAGGAGGAAGUCUGAAAUGUAUGAUAAAGAUACUAAAAUAGCUGAUGUUAAAAUUGAAAAGAAAUGUGUAGAUGAAUCUAUAGAGAGUGGUAGCGUGAGAAGAAAAUCACAGAUAUAUGACAAAGAUGUCAAAGUUGCUGAUAUGAAAGUUGAAAAGAUUUCUGUAGAUGAAACAAUAGAAAGUGGUAGUGUAAGAAGAAAGUCAGAAAUGUUUGAUAACGACGUUAAAAAGGUCGAUACUAAAGUAGAAAAUAAAUUUACAGAUGAUUCUAUUGAAAGUGGUACAGUACGAAGGAAAUCUGAAAUGUAUGACAAAAACGUUGAAAUUAAAUCUGUAGACGAUGCGAAAAUUGAGAGAAAGCAAUCUAAAGUAAUAUCUGACCUAAAAGAUAGUAUAACAGUGCAGUCGGCUCAACAGAAGCAAACAUCUGAAAUCAAAACGGAAAAAAUCACGACAACUACUGAAAAUAUUCAUAAAUCAGAUGAAAAUAAAACUAAAGAAGCUAAAUAUAGUACCGCUAAAUUAGUAGCUGAACAAAGAGCUUAUACCAUCGGAUUGCAAACAAUUCCUCAUAUUAGAGGUACAGUCCAAUCAAAUUAUCACUAUGAUUUAUUACUUAAAACCUUUUUCAUACAUUUGACUGAUGUCAUGGUGGCUCUAUCUAGGUUUAUUUUAGCUGAACCUGUACUUUCAAAGCCUUUAGAAACAAAACCAAAUGUUACAAAGGAAGCAACUGAAGUUACCCGAGUUGAAAGAGAUACCGUUUCAAAUACGACCGUUGUGAAAGAUUCUGUAAUAGAUAGCAAAAGUGAAAAGACAAAGACUGAAGAGUUUGAAAUAAAAGAUAUAAAACAGAAAGUUGAAAAGGUAGCUGAUGUAGUAAAGCAAGAUCACGUCAGAGAAGUUAAACAGCAAGAAUAUACAGAUUAUGUUGAAAAGAUACAGCACGAAAGUGAAAAAAGGGAGAAAAUCGUUUUGUCAGGUGCAGAAAUGGCACAGUUAAGUGAUAAAAAGUCAGGAGAAUUAAUUACUAAAAUAGAUGGAGUUAUAACUGAAUUCCAAACUAAAGCUGGUUUGGAAGAAGAGAUUACAAUGCAACGUGAAAGACGAUCAAGAAGUAGAAGCAAAGUAGAUGAAGACAUAGUGAAGGAAGUUGUGCCACUUUCUAAAGUUGAUACAAAGUCUCAAGAGAUUACUGAAAUAAAAACAACCAGCAGUGUUUUAGAAUCAAAAGAGAUAAAAACAGAAACAAAACAUGAAAUCAUGGACAUCAAAAAAGAAACCAAACAUGAAACAAGCGAGAUCAGUAGUAAGAAUGGUAAAAAUACAUACAUAUCUAUAUGCGAGGCUCAUGUUUACACUAAUAAAAACUCAAUAUUUGAUGAAAUGGCAGAAAUAUCUGAAGCCACCUCAAUGGAAAGUAUUAAAGAAACGAAUAUAGCAUUGGAAGCCAAUGAGGCAAUGGUAACAGAGCGUGUUGCUAUAGAAUCUCAGUCACAAAUCAAACAAGAAGCAGAAGCCGUUCUUGAAGCCCGUGAAAUUUCUAGUGCAAAAACUGAAGAAGUAAUUGUCCAAGAAAAAAAAGAUGUUAUUCAAGAAACUGGUGAUCAGAAAUCAUCCAUACAGAUUGAAAGUAAACAAGCUGUUAUUGAAAAAGUGGAAACGAUACAGCCAAUCGUAGAAUUACAUGAGGAUAUUGUUGAAAAGGCUGUUAGUGUCGAGAUAAAAAAUAAAAUGAAUAUACAAGAAAUUGAGACCUCUGAAUACAUUGAUGAAGUAAACGUUGUCAAAGAGGAAUCAAUAGAAGUUACGGAGUCGCACGAUAUUAAAGAAAUACAGGUGUUGGAGGACGUUUCAGUUAAAGCUAAGGAAGAGUCCGUAAUAAUUGAAGAAAUCAAAGAGGAAAAAGAAGAUAUUGUUUCAGUUCAGGAAGUAAAAGAAAGUGUAUCUGUAAUAAAAGAAGAUAUCAAAGAAAUUGUUUCGGUAAAGGAAGAGGUGGCUGAGGUAGCCCAGGAUGUAAAAAUUGAGGAGAUUGCUGAAGAAAUAUCUGUUGUUCAAGGAAAUAUUGACAUCAGUGAAAGGAACCUAGAAGUCAAAGACGAAUACGCUCAGUUAAAAGUUACAAAAGAAGAAAUAACUGAAUUAGAGGAAAACAUUGAAAUUGACCAAGAAAUUGAAGUUUGUAUUAAAAAGUCUGUUCAUAUUGCUGAAUCAGAGAACCAAUACCAAUCUUUCAUUUCAGAAAGCUCUAUUCAGAACUCAGAAUACGUUCAAGAAUCUUCUUUUACUGCCAGAACUACCGAAGACUCUUCUUUCACUUCCAGCGUUGUCCAAGAAUCUACUUUCAUUGCCAGAUCUACUGAGGAUGCUAAAAAACAGCUCACGUUAGAUCUGGAUUCUAAAAUUAAAAAGUCUGACUCCCAAUCUUCAGUAAAGAGCACUAUUAGUACCCCCACUCCUUCCACAGUCCCCCCUACUCCACUCACUGAUGAAUAUGUCUUCCGACUCCAAAUGCCUCUACCCAAACUAACUGGUCCACCUGUUCCAAGAUCUCCAAGUCCUGAGGAUGAGGAUCCUCAUAUUGUUAAAAAGAAUUUGGUUCCUCAUAUAGAUACUGAAAUUAUUGAGGAAGUCGUUUAUGAGACUCCGCUUCCGACCCCGCCUGAGGAUAAGUCUUCGCCGCCUAAGUUUACUAAGCCAGGGUUGAAAGGGGGUAAUAUGAAAUACGUGUUUUUAAAGGAGGAGAUAAAAGAAAUCGAAAGAAAGUCAUCACUACUAGCCUCUGCCAUAGACCAAACCAUCAAAUCAAUUGAAGAGUACAAAGAAGAAGUAGGAAUAGAACCUCAUGUUGACACCCCUCUUGUUUACAACGGUUACGCCAAAGUUAUAGAUACCAAAGUAUACAAAGAUAAACUUGAUGAAGUAAAUAUCGAAAAACAAAUUAUCAAGAACACAGAAAAUAUAAACAGAAUUGUAGAAGAUAGAGCAAAAUCUGCUGAAGAUUCGGCAAAUAGGGUACAUCUAAAUGGAAUGCCAGUUAAUGUGAUUGUGACCGUUGAAAAUAACGCAACAGAUUCAGUGACUGAAUCUAGUGAAAAUAAAAUGGGAGAAUCGAUAGAAACUGUCGCUGUAGAGGGAUAUAGACCAGUACCUUUUAACCCUGACGAAGCACCUCAUUUGGAAAGAGUGGAAAUUAGAAUACCGGAGCCGGUACCAACGGUGGACCCUGGCAAGGCAUUUGUAGCACCGAAUGGUGAGAUCAUGGGUACUCGUCAGGGUAUUGUUGAUGGUUUAGAAGAAGCUGUAGUUGAUGAAGAAAUAGCCAAAGACCUAGGCAAACCUGGUAUGACAGAAGAGAAAAUUGCAGCAAUUAUAUCUGGAGAGUCAGAGAUGCUUCGGGAAGCGCACGUUAUGGGACUGUCACGAGUUUUAAAAUCGCAUAUGCAUCGAGACAAUGAUGAUUCUAGCGUCGAUUUCAAGAAGAUCAAACCUAUAGUGGAGUCUCUGAAGGAUUCCGAGGUCCUCAAGGCUUUGAACGAGGAGUUUGUGAAGACUCAAGAAGAGAAGAAGAAGGAAGAAAGAAAGUGGACCAAGUUCUUGCAGAAGCCAGCGCGACCGGUGCCUAAAGCGAAGUUUGGAUACCAUGGGUGGACGGCUAAUGAUGACGAAGUAAAAGAGUCGCCUUACAAAGUGAAAAUAGUGAAACAGCCUAAACCCAAAGUAGCGCCCGAUUACAAACCUCAGGACUUCAACACGGGCCCGCUGCCGUGGGAGGAGCGAGCGAACAACGAACCACCCCCACCCCCCGUGGAGGCUGAACCCCCCAUUUUGAUCCCGGAGGAGAAGCCAGUGUUUCUGGAGGCUAUUGACAAUUUGCCGGAGACUGCUGUUCCGGAUUUGGAAGAGACAGGCAUCGAAAUACCUCCCGAACAACCUAUAGAGGAACCAGUGCCCGAAGCAGAACCAGAAGCUCCGAAAGAGACAGAAGUUGAAGAAGUAGAAGAGACGAAGAAGGAAGAGCCUAUACCAAGAGUAGAAGAGACUAGCAAGAGUGCGAGCGAGAUGGAGAACAGGAUAGCUGAACAGUUGAUGAAGAAUGUUGAGGGGAUGGUUGAUCCUAACGCGCCGCUGGAGCAGCAGCUGGCACAGAUGCGUGCGCAACUAGCUGCGCUGGCACAGCUGCCUGGCGUCAUCCAGCAGACCCUGGAACUGGUGACCCGCCAGCUAUGCCAGAUCACUCAGCAGGAAGCCCAAUCCCACCACUCAGCGGCACAACACCAAAUGGCGAUCGAAUCUUCUGAGAUGGUCGAAGAAACUAACGAGACAUCUGAAACAACAAUCGAAGACGUAACAGAAGAAAAAGACGAGACUCAGAUUGAAGAAGUCGUAGAAAAUGGAGUCCAGGAAGAAGUGAAACACACGAAGGUAGCCGAAGAGAUCAAGGAAACUAGGGUGGAGCAGGUGAAGCAAACGAAGGAAGAAGUUAGAAAGGUGCAGGUGAACAGCAGCGUUGAAGAAAUGGAGAAGAUGAAGAGAGAAGAACAGGAGAUCUUGGAUGAGCAGAGAAGGAUUGAGAAGCAGAAGAAGGAAUUAACGAAUGAACCGCUUGAGCAAGAGUUCGAGAAUCUCCAGGAGACGCCCCACGAGAUAGCUCUUAGGUUUAUUAAUGAACUAAUGGAGAGUCUUCUUCUGGAGAAAGAGCCCAAACACAUGAAACCGAGACCAUCGCUGAUUCCUUCAGAUGCACCUAAAACUGAGGAACAUGAGAAAGUAAUGGCGUAUCCUCAGAAAGAAGAGUCCCCGAAGCAGAGACCAUCGCUAACGCCAUCUAACGGACCUAAGAGGGAAGACAAAAAGGAGCUAAUGGCGGACCUCCAGCUAGACCAGGAGGCCAGGCAGCUGAAGCAGAGGCCUACGCCCCGCGUCGGCAAGCCCAAGCCCGCCUUCGGGCCCCUCACGCCCUCCGAGAGGCCCGUGGUACUCCCGGGAGGCCUCAACCUUUGGGAGCUAAUGGCGGACCUCCAGCUAGACCAGGAGGCCAGGCAGCUGAAGCAGAGGCCUACGCCCCGCGUCGGCAAGCCCAAGCCCGCCUUCGGGCCCCUCACGCCCUCCGAGAGGCCCGUGGUACUCCCCGGAGGCCGCAAAUGGAGGAAGCCGAAGGACGCCUACAACGACGCUUUCAUCGCUGAGACUUUGACGGCUCAGGCAGAGAUGAUACAGGGGAAAGCACUGGGGGUGAACUUCAUGAAGUACGAAAAACCGCCGAUCACCACGGACCACCUGAAGAACUCCGAGGUGUACAAGCUCAUCCACGGCAUGGAACAAGAGCCGGUGAAGAGAGUCGAGCUGCUGACGCCUGUCAUCGCUGAGGCUGACUAUAGAGAGCUACCGACUGAGCUGGACCACCUGAAGAACUCGGAGGUGUACAUGCUCAUCCAUGGCAUGGAACAAGAGCCGGUGAAGAGAGUCGAACUGCUGACGCCUGUCAUCGCUGAAGCUGAUUAUAGAGAGCUGCCGAGUAAGCUGGAGUACCUGAAAGACUCCGAAGUGUACAAGCUGAUCCAUGAUGAAGAGGAGGAACCGCUCCGAGGAGUGAAGAUGCUGCAGUACAUCAUCGCUGAAACUCGAUACCAAGAGAAAUGCAGCUCCGUCACCCCUGCCGACAUGAGACGCUAAUCGUCAUUUUAUACUUGUCUCUUUCUUUUUGUGUUUUGUAUUGUCCCUUUCAUUGAAUAAUUUGUAUUCGUGCCGAUUUAAAAUAAAUAUACUGUUAUAACUUCUGGAA